GUGGGUGUUAUUUUUUGGUCUGUCAGGUUUUACGUGACUGUGCUCCUUAGGGUAGCUUAUUUGACUCUUUUUGAGCGGAAGAUUUUGGCGGCAUCCCAGGGCCGGAAGGGUCCCGAGAUGGUGGGGUGGUAUGGAAUUCUUCAGCCCUUUGCUGAUGGUAUUAAGUUAUUUAGGAAGGAAUAUUUUACCCCUAGAGACUCUAACCCUGUUUUGUUUUUCUUGGGGCCUUGUUUUAUGCUUUUUCAUUCUUUUGUGUUAUGGGGCUGUAGCCCGGGGGUUUGGGGCUGUGGGGUCCAUUUCUUUUGGGGGGCUCUAUAUGUGCUUAGUGUGAUGAGGGUAGGGGUUUAUGGUGUGGUUCUUUGUGGGUGGUCUUCUAAUUCUAAAUAUGCAAUGUUUGGGGCAGUGCGGGCUCUUGCCCAGGUUAUCUCGUAUGAGGUAAUGUUAGUUAUGUUAUACGUAAUUCCUUUCUUUAUAAGGCGUAGUUUAAAUCUAAGAGAUGUUCUUUUUUCUCAGUGAAGUGGAUGUAAUGGAUUUGUUCUUCCUUUAGCUUUUCCUUGAUGGAUGUUUUGUGUUCUGGCUGAGACGAAUCGAGCUCCUUUUGAUUUUGUAGAGGGUGAGUCAGAGCUGGUUUCUGGAUUUAAUGUGGAGUUUGGGAGAGGAGGAUUUGCUAUAAUCUUCAUUGCUGAGUAUGCAAGCGUCAUUUUUAUAGGUCAGUUGACGAGGGUCUUGUUUUUAAGCGGAUUAAGAACUUUUCGGUGGGGGUGUUACUGGGAAUUUAUCGGAACGAGAAUCUUUAGUCCGCUUAUGGGGUUCCUGGUGGUGCUUUUGGUAGUGCUCUGCCGUAGAAGUUUCCCUCGGUACCGUUAUGAUCUUUUAAUAAAUUUGGUUUGGCGUCGGAUUCUCCCUGUCCUUAUGGGAAGGUUCUCGUGCUUUUUACUGUUGCUGUAG